UAUAUUUUACCACGACUUAAAAAAAAAGGUUUCAGUGGAGAGCUACUUCUGGGUGAUUACAGCUAAAGAGCUGUUGAAGAAGGGAGAUGCUGAGUUUGGCAGGAACGAUGGCUGGAGCUGAGGAAGGAAGGGAGAGAGGCGGAGCUGAACCGGUCGGCCAGCAGGACUCCUGCGUCCUGACGUUUGGCUAUCCUCAGGGGCAGCGCCUGGACCGUUAGCAGGCCCGAUGCGUGGACCACAUGGAGGACGUGAACGAGACCGGGACGAUGAUUCACUUCCACUUCCGCCCCUUCUCCAAACUCCCUGAGGUUCAGACGCUGAUUUUCGUGGCCUUCCUGAUUAUGUACCUGGUCAGCGUCAGCGGCAACAUCUCCAUUUUGCUCAUCGUCUGGACCCACCGCUCUCUGCACACCCCCAUGUACUUCUUCCUGGCCAACUUGGCGGCUCUGGAGACCUGCUACUCCUCCACCAUUGCCCCUCUGACACUGGCCAGCACCCUGUCCGCGGGGAGAACCCUCAUCUCCCUGGCUGGCUGCGGUGCCCAGAUGUUCUUCUUCAUCUUCCUGGGCAGCGCUGACUGCAUCCUGCUGGCCAUCAUGGCCUAUGACAGGUUCGUGGCCAUCUGCAACCCUCUGCGUUACAGCCUCAUGAUGAGCUGGCGGCUGUGUGCCCGACUGGCCCUGGGCUCCCUGGUGUUGGGGUUCAUCUUGGCCAUGCAGCUGACCGUGCUCAUCUUCCGACUCCCCUUCUGCAGCAGCAAGGAGAUUGGCAUGUUCUACUGUGACGUCCUGCCCGUCAUGAGACUGGCCUGUGCGGACACCCGGGUCCACGAGGCCACGCUGUUCGUGGUUAGCGUCACUGUCCUUACCCUCCCCUUCCUGCUGAUCACCUUGUCCUAUGUCUUCAUUGCGGCCGCCAUCCUGAAGAUCCGCUCUGCAGAGGGGAGGCACAAGGCCUUCUCCACCUGCUCCUCCCACAUGACUGUGGUUCUGCUCCAGUAUGGAGGCACCAGCCUCAUCUACCUGUGCCCCAGCUCCAGCUACUCUCCAGAGAGGGCCCAAGUAGUGUCUGUGCUUUACACCUUUAUCACCCCCAUGCUGAACCCCUUGAUCUACAGUAUGAGGAAUCGAGAGCUUAAGGAUGCUUUGAAGAGAGCAGCGAUGAGGUUCCUUUCAUCCUAAACACAACAAACACCCUGGAUGCUCCUCUGUAACACUGUGGGGUGGAGACAGACGGGUGUCCUCUCUGACAGAGGGGAGACGGGGGUAAGCGUCAUAGGUUUUGCACUGUUAUUUCUUCUUGCUUAUAUUAUUUUCAAGAAGUCAUUUUUCCUUUGUCAGGA